UAAAUAAUUUUGGGUCGAGAUUUAAGUCUGAAUGAGGACCUGGAGGAAGGUGGAGCUGAUUCAGUUUUGUAGUUUGCUAUGAUAGUGUGAGGAGUUAUUGAAGUGUUGUGUUAAUAAUUGAGUGGAGAAUCUAAAAUGGGUCCCUUUGCGAAGAUAUUUCUCAUAUCAUUCACGUUGAUAAUCCUGGAGUCGUGUACGGUGUCCGGUGAUACGAUUGGAGAAUAUUUAUGCGAAAAUCAACCACCGAAUACUAAACUUCAGCAUCCGGAACACUGUGAUGUUUAUUUGAUAUGUGACAACAAUAGAGCGAUCGAAAUGAAGUGUCCAUCAGGGAUCAUGUUCAAUCCUAGAACAAAUGAGUGUGAUCCUCAGUUCAAAAAUUGUCCGGCAAAUGCCGGCCACCGUGGUGAUGGAAGCGACUAUGAUGAAGAUGAUGAUGAAGAUGACAAUGACGAUGAGGGUGAUGGCGAAGAGGAUGAAGAAGACGAACCGAAUGAAGAGGAGCCUGACAACGAAGACGAUGAAGCGGAGGAAAAAGUUGAGGAAAAUGAUGAUGAGGAUGACGAAAGUCCAGCUGUGGUGAAACCGCCUAAGCAGAAUCCGCCAGCAGCGUCGGAAACCAGUGGAUGUCCAAAAGUUGAUACGGAUCAAAUAACGUUUUUGAUGCAUAAAACGGACUGUUCUUUGUACUUUCUGUGCUAUCAUGGAAAACCGAUUCCGUUUCAAUGUUCGAUGGGAAUGCACUGGAGUAAUGAACAGAAGAAAUGUGUCCCUAAGGAGGUUUCUGAAUGUGGGGCUAUAUCCCAUGGUUCUGAAGGAGGUUGUCCCCAACGAGGUAUAAAAUUCAUGCCGCAUCCAAAUGCAUGUCAAAAUUUUAUAUUCUGUCUGAAUGGCGCUGAAACAAUUCAACGUUGUGAACCGUUUUAUCAUUGGGACGUGAAUGAAGGUAAAUGCAAGCUGAAAACAAUGGCGACAUGUUAUCGCAAUUUACGUCAAGCCAUUGAUACAAAAAAAUUGAAAAGCGGUCUUAGAAAUAAUGAUAAAAAAUAUAUUCUCUAGAUUUAAUCACUAUCAUUAAUAAUUCAAGGAAUAAAUUUUUAAAAAA